AAAAGAUUGGGGUCUCUAGCUUGCAUGAUUGGGCAUGCAAAUUCUUUGAGAUUUUGGAUCAACUGUGAGAACUUCCUUUUUUAAAACUUAAAACUGCUUAUUUUAAGAGGGAUGGUGUGUGCUACAGACUGCAAUAAGCGGAUCAUCUGAGCUUUAGUGCUGCAUGAAGAUGAAUGCUCAGACAGUUCGGUGGUUCCUAUUUCUAGCCCUGAUAAAAAAUUUUUCUUUUACUCAAGACCUCUUUGACCUACCAGACAGUGCCCUGACAGCCAAAGAGGGGUCCUGCACUGAAAUCAAAUGUAGAGUGAAGUCUAGAAUUAUUAUUGAUGAUGCACACUGGUUUUGGAUGAAGAAUGGACAUUGGAAUGGCAGUUAUUUUAUUGCCACAAUCAUUUACAGUUCAAAUGAGUCAAAACGUCCUGUCAGUCCAGACUAUAAAGGAAGAGUGGAAUAUAUCGGGUCUCCAUCUUCAAGUUGGGGGGAUUAUUCAACCUCACAAAAGCCACUAUGCAGUAUUUUGAUCUGCGACCUGAAGAAAACUGACAGCGGAUUAUAUUCCUUCAGAUUUGCAGGAAAAGAUAAACAUAAAUGGGUGACAAAAAAUUUGACCCUCACAGUUACAGAAAAUCCAUGCCCAAUCACUUUUGAGAAACCAGCUGUCGUGAAGGAAUCGGAUAUGAUAACGCUCACAUGCUCCACUCUACAUUCAUGUCCUUUAAACCUUGAGAUUAAAGAUUUGACGCAACCGUCAUUAACACUGUCUACAAACCUUCAACAACCAGAUGAAAAACAGAAACGCACCAAACUCAAUUUCACAGCCAACUGGCUGGAUGAUGGGAGGAAUUUUUCAUGCCAAACAAAAGAUAACACAGACACAUAUUUGAUUCGGAAUAUCAAUGUAACUGUCGAAUAUGCUCCUAAAGACAUAAAGGCUUUUAUAAACACUACUACGAACAUCAAGGAAGGAGAGAGUGUGACUCUGAUUUGCUCUGCAAAAGGACGUCCUACUCCAACUUUUAAUUGGUUUAAAAACAAUCAAACUGUCCCGGGGCCAGUAUGGAAGAUCGAUUCAAUUAAUGAAACACAGAGUGGAGAAUACCUCUGUGAAGCUCACAACACAAUUGGGAGGGUGAAUUCAAGCUCAGUGAAUGUUACUGUUACAUAUGUACCUCAAGUUGAGGUAAAUACCUCACAUGCUUAUCAGGUUAAAGAAGGAGAUAAAAUUACUUUAACAUGCAAUGUAAAGAAAAGCAAACCAAAACCUCAUAGCUACACUUGGAUUAAAGAUAAGAAACCUAUUCAUUGGAGUCAGACAUAUGUUCGUACAAUUGAGCCUGAGGAUGGUGGGCUCUACAAAUGUAGUGCCAUAAACUCUGCGGGCACUGGAACAUCAAAGGAGAUUCAGAUUGAGGUUGAAUACCGCCCAAGGAAGACGGUCAUUUCCAUUAAUAGAAAUGAUAGGAAAGUGAAAGUUGAUAGCCACCUUACAUUCACCUGUGACACUGAUGCCAAUCCUGGCCCGAUGAAAUACUCCUGGUCCCGCGACGGAAAUAGUAAACAGAUUCCCUCAUCACAGUGGGAGUACAAGACAAGUGUUGAAAACGAACUAAGUUUGGAGCAUGUACAAAGAACAGAUGAAGCAUGUUAUAGGUGCAACGCAACCAACACCAUCUCUACAGGGUGGGAUAGUAAGCCGCUGUGCAUAGAAGUUCUCUAUCCUCCCACCAUUCCUAUGCUGUCUAUGGAUACUGAGGUCACGGAAGGUCAAUUCAUCACCAUCAGCUGCACUGUUGAAAGCUUUCCACCGUCACAACUCAAGUUGAUAAGGACUUCUGAAGCAAAUGCUCAGUCUUCAGAUAUAAUUUUCUCACAAACUUCUGAUUUGAGACCCUACAACACUCUCCAUCGCAAAUUUUCUGCAACUUCAGCCCACACAGGAUCUUACACCUGCAGCGCCACAAACAGCGAGGGUUCAAAAACAAGCGAACAAAGGAAGUUGGUGGUGAAAUAUUCUCCCAAAGAUGUGACAGUAGAUGCCAAGCCUAAUCUUACUGUGAAUGAAAACACAUUGUUGACACUGAGCUGCAAUGCCCACUCCUACCCGAAAGUGACCUCUGUCACUUGGAAAAAGAUGACGCUUGAUGGGCAGAUUGAAAGUACCCAGGAAACUGAUAUCAUUAAAGUACAGUCUGUCAGCCCUUCUGACAGUGGACGGUACAAAUGUACUGCCGGGAAUGAAAUUGGGACUGGAGACUCAGAGCUUGCUGUGGUUAAAGUCAACUAUGCUCCAAAAAACACAAAGAUCACAAGAGCAGCAGAGCAGCAGCGGCCAGGUGGGAUCAUUUCUGUGAUGCUGAGCUGCAGCAGUGAAAGCUAUCCACCAAUCAAAGAAUAUAGAUGGUACAAGAAGAUAGAGGAGAAGGAUGAGUAUAAAAAAUUGUCUGACAGUCAGAACUUCACAGUGUAUUCACACCAACCAGGACUCUACCGCUGCACGGCAAGAAAUGAAAUAAAUGUGCAAUGGUCUGACCCAGUCCCGCUGUUCGUCAACCGAGGCUUGAUGUGGUUACUCUUUCUUUUUCUGGGUGUCCUGGUCAUUAUUUUAAUUUUCUUUGUCUAUAGACACAAAAGGAACAAAUUAAUUCGACAAAGAACUACAAACAAACCACCCUGUUAUGGUUUUAUGGGUUGGUGGAAUUGCGCCAGGAGGGGGAAUCUGAUGAACGAGUUAGUGACGACACAGCCUUCCAGGAGCACAGAUGACAUCUUGCCAGACCAGCCGUGCCGUCCGAUGGCCCAACAACGUCAGCCGCGUCCAGACAGCACGCCUGCAUCCAACAUCAACAGUGUUUACUGCACUGUGAAUCUGCCCACUGGAAAUAAGGGUCCGUCUGCACAAAAGUCAAUGAGACAGCAAGGAGGCACAUGGGAUGAGGCUCUAAACUACGCUUCUUUGCACUUUAAAAAUAAGCAGAACAAACCAGCAAAAGCAGAAGAGGAUACUGUGUAUGCUAUGGUGUCGAAGCAAAAGCCACCUAAGAAGAAUGAGAAAGAAAAUCAGGACGACUAUGAGAACAUCAGUGCAGUACAUGCAGCCACAUCUCCAGAUCCACUGAACUAUGACACUGACACCAGUGAAGAUGAAGCAGAGAUCAAUUAUACACAGGUGAGCAUCAAGGCAAAACCUGGACAUCAGAGAGCCUGCAGAGACUCCAGCACCGACUCCAGCACUGACUCCGGUACUGACUCCAGCACCUCUGAUGAAGAAGAGACCCAGUACUCUGAGGUCAAAAUCUGAGUUAAGAUGUUCUUGCCCCGCCUUACAGAUAUGCCCACAUUGUGCCUGAGCCACACGGAAUCAUGUUCAUAAUCAAUCAUCAGGUUUUGUUUAUUAAAAAUGUUUUAUCACUCCACUGUAUUGCUUUUACAUUACAUUAUUGUUUUUCUACUGCAGUAACCAGUACCAAACAGAAGGGAGAAAAGUGACCAACGUUAUGAGCUCAAUCCAAACCCAUGGCCCCUAAAAUAAAAAAUAAGGGUCAAUUUUGACAUGCUUUUAUUCAAACUGUAUUAUGUGUGGGCAAAUGUACAUAGUUGUAAAGAUUUAAUGACAAUACUGUGAUGUUUGUGAGCAAGCUUAAAUGCAAGGCGACAUGGCUGUAAUGUUGUGACGCUGUGCAACAGUUGCUUCACUGAGGAUUGUUCCUGAUAUAUGCAUGUUGAAAGAAGGUGCUGAAUGCAUAAUGCUCUAUUUUUUAUAAUAUGCUUUGACUUCAGCUCUUGUAUGACUUCCAACCUAAGUGCAGGAAGAAUGGCACAAACAGAUUUAUGUGUUUUAACAAAAAAACAAAUAAAAAAUUAUCCAUGAAGUGUA